UCGUGCAGCACCAACAACUGGACUCAAUUUGAAGAUUUACCGUAACAGGACUUGCGACACAAUAGAGGGAGACAACAGUUUUGAUACCCCAUUCUUCCUUGAGUUAACCGUACUAUCAUUGAGUUAACGUAAACCAAAGCCAAAGUGUAGUUACUGUAGUCUAGAUAGGCUAAUGGAAACUUGGAUCAAAUUUUUUGCUUGAAAGCAAAUAAGCUGUCUAAUUUUGGGAAAAUUCUUCGUUUUUCGAAGGAUAUAGAUCUAGAUCCAACGACAAUGAAAAAAAAGUUAUGAAACUAAAAUUAAAUUGUAUUAAUACAUAAUAUAAUUACUAUUAUGCAUAAAUGGUUUGAAUAGUAUGAUCACGACUCUCAAUCGUCGUUGAAUUUCUUUACUGCUAAGCACGAUUCUAGUUCAUAGCAAUCAUAGACUUAAUAUUUAUUUUUUACAUCUCUGUGCUGAGUGUGCUCCUGGCGCCCACGACUUGCACACUUGCACACUAAGUAGUUUCAGGCCCUCUCUCGCCUCUCCAACCAAGCACAACGAAAGGCUGCUGUGUAUCUCAUUGGGAAACGUUUUUUGAACUUUUUGUGUUUGGCCCCAAAAGGACAUUUUAAGAAGCCCCCAAGUUGCAGAUUAUUAUUCAUACGUUGCAAAUAUUCGAGGGAACCGCUGCAUUCAAAGUCUUGUGUACCGCCACCACUAUCAUGUCAUCUUGUAAGCAACUUUUGAGCCUGAGAGGGAAACUUCUGCGGGCUUCCUUUUUGUCCAGGUGUUCAGUAUUAAAUUCUGUGGAUACCUAUUGUUGCAGUCUCACAAAUGCUGCUCAUGUGAGUUCAGCUAGUACAUCAUAUUUUAACUCUUUGCCAUCCGGCCAAAGCUCCAUGGGCAUGCUGAAGCCAAUAGGAGAAAGACGUCUGCUGUUGCAGCCAGCUCCUAUGUCAUGGUCUGUGAUCAGACUUUAUGCAAAGAAAGGCAAGGACAAAGGGGGUAAAGGCCACAAAAAGGUGAAGCUGACAGCUGAACAGUUAGAAGGUCUGUUGGACGUUGAGCGUGUGCACCAUGAUCUGAACCAUGUGUUGGAAGACCUGAAGGAGAAAUUUAUACAUCAGCUCACGCUCCGCACUUCACAAGGUGUGUUUGAUAAGCUGAUUGUGAAAACGCCGGAUGGGAACUUUCCUCUCAUCCAGCUGGGUCAGGUGGUCCAAAAGUCUCCGCAGAUGAUCCUGGUCAACCUUGCAGCCAGUCCUCAGUACGUCCAGCAUGUGAAAGAAGCCCUGGCAUCGUCCGGGCUCAACAUCAACCCACAGCAGGACGGCCUCACUUUGUUUAUUCCCUUGCCCACGGUGACAAAAGAACACCGACAGUCCCUCGCUAAGAACGCCAAAGGGCUGAGUGAACAGUCCAAGAAGCAUCUGCGAGAUGUCUACUCUAAGUACUCCAAGAAGAUCAAGUCUUCUAAGGCAGGCCAUUCAUCUGACGACUUGAUAGCAGCCGAUGAUAUGGUCAAGGACCUUAUGCAUCAGACGAUUCGCCAAGUGGAGGACAUCACUGCGGCCAAACAACAGGAGCUUCUGGGCGGGAAAUAAUCUUUGACCUUUGACCCCCGUGUUGUACCCCGAGAGGAGGGUGGAGAUGUGUUAAGCACGCUGACAAAAUGAGUUACACCUUGCAAUCCAGGAAUGGUGAUAGCAUCCGAAAAUGGAUAUCAAGGUCAAAUUUGUAGAUUUUCAAGUAAGGACAUUCUCUUCAUGCGUAACAUGUCUUUCGAUCAUUUCAUACUAUUGACAGUGCUUCCGACAAACAAAGCUAAAAUGUAAGGAAAAUCCUAUGCCGAGGGUCUGGGGGCCGAAAAGGCCCCCGGCAGGGUCCAAAAACAUUAUCCCCGGUAGGGGUUCUGGGGGCAAAACCCUUAACCCAUUUCUACCUGAGUUGCCUCCCUGAGCAGACACACCCACCUGGGCUGCCUCCAGCCACAUCCACAAAUGUGUGUGUUCCUGGUGAAAGGUACCAAAUGAUGCAUUUUGAAGAAUCCUGUUUUUUUUUAUUUUCAUGUAGAGGGAUCA